UUUCUGGCAGCCCUGUCACAACCCGCUACCGAUAAACACGCUGAUACAACAACUCUGAUUGAACCGGCAGAUUUGAGAAAGUAAAUCCGUGGCGAAUUGAUUUCAUUUUGUCCGCCAAAGGCACGGAAAAUGCGCUGCAGGAGGAAGUAUAGGCCGCCAAGCUGCUGGAGACAAGCUCCCCACAGGAGGAGGAGGGCGUAGAGGAAUAUUUGAAGCGCAAGAACAUGAUCCUUCUCGAGUAUGAAAAGCAAACGUUUCUCGAUUUGGUUGAAGCCGAUGGUCUGCUGGUUUGCGCCAAGGGCCUGAGCUACGACCGCGUUGUAAUCCGCAUCCUUAAGGCCUACAGCGAUUCCGGCAAUCUUGUGGUUGUGAUCAACAGUUCUGACUGGGAGGAGCAGUAUUACAAGUCCAAAAUCGAACCCAAAUACGUCCACGAAGUGGCCAGCACGGCCACCGAAAGAGAGCCCGUUUAUCUCGAAGGCCGUUACCGUGGAGAACUGACCAAAACAUUCCACAUCAUUCCAGAUCCUUCAGGCGCAGCUGGAUUGCAUCUGCUUAUGCUUUUAUUUCUUCAGAAUUGGAGCAUUAGAAAUCUUGUUAAAUAUUUAUACAAAAGUAAUAAUUUUUAG